AUGACCGACACGUUGUCCCCCGUCACGAACCGCAAACAGGUGGCGAUCCUGGACUUUGGCUCGCAAUACAGCCAUCUCAUCGCACGCCGCGUGCGUGAGCUGCACGUGUUUUGCGAGCUCUACUCCUGUCUAGUCAGUGCCAAGGAGCUGCGUCAGCACCAGCUCACGGGCAUCAUUCUGUCGGGUGGUCCCCAGUCGGUCUUCGAUGAAGGGGCGCCUCAUGUUGACCCAGAAGUGUGGAAACUGAUUGAAGAACUCGAUCUUCCGGUGCUUGGGAUCUGCUACGGACUGCAGGAACUUGCCUUCACGAACAAUGGGAAGGUCGCUCCUUCCCAGCACCGCGAAUAUGGCAAGGCCAUUGUGACCCGAAAGAGCGGCGUGGACUGUGGCGGUCUGCUUAACGGCUUGCCGGACGAGUUCCAGAUGUGGAUGAGCCAUGGCGACAAGCUGCAUGCAAAGCCUGAUGGAUUCGUGGACAUUGCCACGACGGAGAACUCGGAACACGCCGUGAUUGUCAACGUGGCACGCAAGCUGUACGGCAUCCAGUUCCAUCCAGAGGUGACUCAUAGUCCUCUUGGCAAGGAUAUCUUGCGCAACUUUGUGGUGCACAUUUGCAAGUCGCCUACGGAUUGGGACAUGCGCAGCAUCGCCGACGCCUUCAUUGAGGAGGUGCGCGAGACUGUAGGUCCCGAUGGCCAUGUGAUUGGUGCUGUGAGUGGCGGCGUCGACUCGUCUGUUGCUGCAGUGUUGCUGCAGCGCGCCCUUGGAAAUCGUUUCCACGCUGUGCUUAUUGACAAUGGACUGUUGCGUCAAGACGAGGCUGUUGAGGUUGUCGAGCGACUGCGGAGCAAAUUGGGCAUCAACCUGAAGUGUAUUGACGCGUCCGACCGAUUCCUUACUGCUCUGAAGGGCGUCACGGAGCCGGAGGCGAAGCGAAAGACGAUUGGCAAUCUGUUCAUUGAGCUGUUUCAGGAAGAAGCCAAGAGUAUUGGACACUCUGUCGACUUCUUGCUGCAAGGCACGCUGUACCCGGACGUGAUUGAGAGUGUCUCGUACAAAGGCCCUUCAGCCACGAUCAAAACACACCACAAUGUCGGUGGUCUUCCGGAAAAGAUGCACCUCAAACUUAUUGAGCCGCUGCGCGAGCUGUUCAAGGAUGAGGUCCGGGAGCUUGGUAUGGCUCUUGGCAUUGAUGAGCCAAGUGUGUGGCGUCACCCGUUUCCAGGCCCGGGUCUUGCUAUCCGUGUGCUCGGAGAGAUCACGCCCGAGGCGCUGAACACUCUGCGUCAUGCCGACUCGAUCUUUAUUGAAGAGCUGCGCAAUAGUGGCCACUACAAGACAACGGGUCAAGCUUUCUGUGUCCUGCUGCCAGUGAAGUCCGUGGGUGUCAUGGGCGACGGUCGCACGUACGAAAAGGUCGUUGCUAUUCGUGCUGUCAGCACUUCGGACUACAUGACAGCUGACUGGUACCACAUGCCGUACGAAGUCCUCGGUCGCAUGUCGAACCGUAUCAUCAAUGAGGUGCGUGGCGUCAACCGCGUUGUCUAUGACAUAUCGUCCAAGCCACCGGCCACCAUCGAAUGGGAGUAA